AUGUCUCCAGGCCGUACUUUACCAACUAUUCCGCUUCGCGAAGUCCAAACGCAUACUACCAAGAAGUCAUGCUACGUGACCAUCGACGAAAAGGUCUACGAUGUUACUGAUUUCUUGGACGAUCAUCCAGGUGGUGGGGAUCUCAUCCUCGAAUAUGCAGGCAAGGACGUGAAGGAGAUUCUAAAAGAUGAGAUUUCACAUUUUCACAGCGAAGGAGCCUACGAGAUGCUGGACGAGUGCUUAAUAGGCUUCACAGCUGACGAGCCUGUCGUCAAAGCCGCAGUAAAAACCUCAGACCCCACAGAGGUCCUUCCUCUACCCGCCACCGAGCAUGGUAACGAACUCAUACAGCAAGAAGGCGGCGCAGACGAUCUGCCAGAGCGUUCAGAAGCACAAAGAGAUGCCGAAGGACGCCCAAUAUAUGAGGCAACAGGCAUGUCCAACGAAGCUGACCUGAGCAAGGAGACAGAUGCCGUAACCGACUAUCGCACCCACAAGUUUCUCGACCUUAGCAAACCCCUGAUACCGCAGGUUUUCUUCAGUGAUUUCAGCAAAGAGUUUUAUCUACAACAAGUCCACCGCCCUCGCCACUGCAAAGGUGGCGCCUCCGCACCUCUCAUGCCUCAUCCCAUACUCGAGCCUCUUUCGUUGACUCCCUGGUGGGUUGUGCCAUUGGUCUGGCUCCCACCAGUCGCCUACGGCACUUUCCUUGGCCUUAAAAAUAUCGAACCUCUCCCAUUAGCCUCCUUCUACUGGGCUCUCGGUCUCUUCCUCUGGAGUUUAACAGAAUACGUCCUCCACCGCUUCCUCUUCCACAUCGAAGCCGCCCUACCCGACCACCCCUUCUUCCUCACCCUCCAUUUCCUCCUCCACGGCGUCCACCACUACCUUCCCAUGGACAAAUACCGCCUCGUCAUGCCGCCCGCCCUCUUCCUCGUCCUGGCAACUCCAUUCUGGAAGUUGGCGCACACAGUCUUCGCCUACAAUUGUGGUGGUAUCUUCGGGUAUAUCUGUUACGAUCUGACUCAUUACUUCCUACACCACAAGCAACUACCAGCCUACUGGAGGAGUUUGAAGAAAUACCACUUGCAGCACCAUUUUGCAGACUUCGAGAAUGGCUUCGGUGUGACGAGCCGAUUUUGGGACUGGGUUUUCAACACAGAGUUGUCGUACGUGAAGCAAGCUCAGCCAAUCAAAGCUGCUUGA